UCCUGCGCAGAAAAUCUCUCUCCGAGACACCAGAGACAGAAACAGAGGUUGGGGCGAAGCAGAGACUAAGAGGUCAAGAAGAAAAAGAUCCCACCACCAGCACGCAAUGGAGUGGUGGAAUCGAAUGAUUUUUCCCGCGAAGCGCGUUUGGGUCGGCGUCGCCGCUCGCUUCAGCUUACGGAAGAACGGGUUAAGGAAGCUGAGGCAGGAGGUGAGCACCUGUGAGUACGAGGACGUUCGUGUUAUGUGGGAGAUGCUGCGGAGGAAUGAGAUUGAGAUCGCUCGAUCUCCGCCGUUGAACGAUCAGCCGGCGACGAAGCUCCGCCGGCGAUGGGUUAUGUUCGACUGGCCGCCCUAUAAUCUCUGCGCUAGCUUCUGAUUGUCUUCUCAGGAAUCCGUCGGUUACGACAAGGAGCGUCCUCUUUCUCUUUCCCUCUUUCUCUUGAAAUGAGUGAUGAGGAUUUCUGAUUUCUCACCGAUUAAACCCAAAAAGCGAGCCAAUCUUGUGUUCCGUCUUAGUCUCGUAUCGCCAAAAAUAAAUAAGGCUUUCAAAUCUGUUCACGAUCUUUCAUAAGAUAUAAAUGCUUAAAUAAAGCUUCAUGUGUCACGAUCGCA